GCAACACGCGCGUGGCUGGAUUGGGCGGAGCUUUUCUGGAUCUUCGGUCCGUUGGAGCGUCGGGCCGGCUGUCUAUGCAAGGCCGAGGCUGUAUGGCCUAGUCCGAAAGGGAUGCUUAAAAUAAAACUCCUUUUCGUAGGCCCCAGCGAGGCUGGAAAAUCUGUCUUGGCAAACUUCUUGUCAGAGACCAUUGAAGGUAUUGGCAGUUACAUCCCCACACAAGGAGUAAGGAUUUUAGAAUAUGAGAAGCCACAUUUCAAUGGAAACAGCAAAGGACCAGGAUGUCGGUUUGAACUAUGGGAUUGUGGAGGUGAUCAAAAAUUUGAGACUUGCUGGCCUGCUCUGAUGAAAGAUUCCCAUGGUGUCGUCAUUAUUUUUAAUCCAGACUUGCCAAGCCAUGUGAAGGAAAUUGAAAUGUGGUACUCCUGUUUUGUCCAACAGCAGCAGUUGCUUGAGAAUCAGUGCUUGCUCAUUGCACAUCACAAGCCAGGCACUGCAGAAGAUGUAGACAAUCUCACUUUGCCUUCACCAUUGAACAGGCUGACACUGAUACACUCCAGUCUUGAAGAAGACCCUGAAGAUGUCCGAAUGGAAUUUGUGAAGUUCCUGAAGAAUAUUACUAAUUUGGUAAAUGAGACCCGGGACAGAGAGGAGAUGCUGAUUAUUAAUUAGUAAUAUGAUAAACUU